CAGUAUAAAAGUGACUACCUUACCGGUCUAUUGUGUUGUUAGGCGCGGUGUAAAUAGUAAUGACUUAUUUAUUUUAGAUUUUAUUUUUAGUAAAAUAAAAAGUCAAAUCAUGUGGCAUCCCGACACUGGAGUGGAACCUGUUUUGGAAUCCAUCGAGAAUGAGCUCCGGCAGCAAGUGGCCGAAGCUCGCACGAAGCUGGCCAGCUUCAAGCCACACCUGGCCAUAGUGCAGGUUGGAGGACGAGAGGACUCCAAUGUGUACAUCAGGAUGAAGCUGCGGGCUGCUGAGAAUAUCGGCAUCUCUGCUGAGCACCUGAAGCUGCCGCGUGAUAUUACUGAGUCUGAGCUGCUGGCGAAGAUCACAGAGCUGAACGAGUCUCCGUACGUGCACGGCAUUAUCGUGCAGAUGCCCUUGGACUCGGAGCACCCCAUCGACGGACACAGGAUCACAGACUCCGUGGCCGCCGAUAAGGAUGUCGAUGGCUUAAACACCAUAAACGAGGGUCGUGUAGCAGUAGGGGACCUCUCAGGUUUCGUACCCUGCACGCCAGCUGGCUGCGUGGAACUCAUCAAACGAACUGGCGUGCCCAUCGCCGGGAAGAAUGUGGUCGUGCUGGGCCGCAGCCGCAUUGUGGGCACACCAGUCUCCGAGCUGCUGAAGUGGGAACAUGCCACGGUGACCGUCUGCCACUCCAAGACUAAGAACUUGAGUGAGAUUACAAAGACCGCCGAUAUCCUGGUGGUAGCCAUCGGUAGAGCCGAGAUGGUGCGUGGCUCUUGGAUCAAGCCUGGUGCGGUUGUCAUUGACUGCGGCAUCAACCCCAUUCCUGACGCAACAAAGAAGAGCGGUCAGCGUCUAGUAGGCGACGUUGCCUAUGCGGAGGCGGUGCAAGUGGCGUCGCACGUGACGCCGGUGCCGGGCGGCGUGGGCCCGAUGACGGUGGCGAUGUUGAUGCGCAACACCGUGCAGGCCGCGCGCCGUCAGCUCGACCGCUUGCUGGCGCCCGCCUGGCCGCUUAGACCGCUCAGGAUUACGCCGCUUUCGCCUCCGCCCAGUGACAUCCUGAUCGCCCGUUCGCAAAAGCCCAAGGACAUAAGUGAGCUAGCUCACGAGAUCGGACUGUUCUCCAAUGAGGUGUCCCAGUACGGACGCACUAAGGCCAAGAUCUCGCUGUCGGUGCUAGAUAGGCUGCACAGCCAGAAGGGCGGCAAGUACAUCGUGGUGGCUGGUAUCACCCCAACACCCUUGGGAGAAGGCAAGAGCACCACGCUUCUAGGUCUGGUGCAGGCACUAUCAGCACACCGCGGCCGCAACUCCUUCGCCGUGAUGCGCCAGCCCAGCCAGGGUCCCACCUUCGGAGUCAAGGGUGGCGCUGCUGGUGGUGGUUACUCCCAGGUUAUUCCCAUGGAGGAGUUCAACCUUCACUUAACGGGUGACAUCCACGCCGUCACCGCAGCUAACAACCUCCUUGCUGCUCAAAUGGACGCCAGGAUCUUCCACGAGCUGACUCAGAAGGACGGACCCCUGUACGACCGACUGGUCCCCAAGAUCAAGGGAGUCAGGAAAUUCUCCCCCAUUCAGCUGAGGAGGCUGAAGCGAUUGGGCAUCACUAAAACAGACCCCGACACUUUGACGGAGGGAGAGAAGUCCAAAUUCGCUAGGCUGAACAUUGAUACUAAUAAGAUUAUGUGGAACAGGGUUGUGGACUUAAAUGACAGGUAUCUCCGUAAGAUCACAGUUGGACAAUCCCCUACUGAGAAAGGCUUCACCCGCGAGACCGCUUUCGACAUCUCCGUGGCGUCAGAAAUUAUGGCUAUCCUCGCUUUGGGCAAAGAUGUCGACGAUAUCAAGGAAAAGUUAGCUAACAUGGUGGUUGCUCUGGAUAAGAGCGGCAACCCUGUUACUGCUGAUGAUUUGGGUAUGACGGGAGCACUUUUAGUCCUUCUCCGCGACGCGUUCGAACCGACCCUCAUGCAGUCUCUGGAAGGCACCCCUGUCCUGGUGCACACGGGACCCUUCGCCAACAUCGCUCACGGCUGCUCCUCCAUCCUGGCUGAUAAGAUCGCCAUGAAACUGGCCGGAGAGAAUGGUUAUGUGGCCACGGAGGCUGGAUUCGGAUCUGAUAUUGGUAUGGAGAAGUUCUUCGACAUCAAGUGUCGUGCGAGCGGCGACACUCCGCACUGCGCGGUGAUCGUGUCCACCGUGCGGGCGCUGAAGAUGCACGGCGGCGGCCCGCCCGUCUCCCCGGGGCAGCCGCUACAUGACGUCUAUGUGCAGGAAAAUGUGGAGCUGCUGAGCAAAGGUCUGUGCAACUUGGGUAAACACAUCAGCAAUGGGAACAAGUUUGGAGUGCCAGUUGUGGUGGCUAUCAACAAACACGGAAACGAUACACCCGCCGAACUGAACUUGGUGAAAGAAUUCGCGACCAAGAACGGCGCGUUCAGGGCUGUGGUAUGCGAGCACUGGUCCAAGGGCGGUCUCGGAGCCCUGGAGCUGGCUGACGCUGUCAUCGAGGCCUGCGAUUCCAAGUCAAACUUCGACUACUUGUACCCGCUACAGCUGUCUAUACAAGACAAAAUCCAGAUCAUUGCCAAGGAGAUGUAUGGCGCUGGUAACGUCGAGUACACCGACGAAGUGCUUGAAAAGAUUAAGGCGUUCACUGAUAAGGGUUACGACAAGCUCCCGAUCUGUAUGGCCAAGACGUCGAACUCGCUAACAGGCGACCCGGCCAUCAAGGGAGCCCCCACAGGCUUCACCCUCAAGGUCAACAAUAUCUUCGCGUCUGUGGGCGCCGGGUUCGUGGUACCCAUGGUGGGCGAGAUCUCCAAAAUGCCCGGCCUGCCCACCCGGCCCUGUAUCUAUGACAUCGACCUCAACACCAAGACCGGGGAGAUCGAAGGACUCUUCUAAUUCCUAAAUGUACGCAAUGAACCCUAUCUGUAAAAUGUUAAGAUUUAUUUUUGUUUAAUCAAUAUUAAUAAAAAUGUGUUAUAUA